UAUUGCUUCAGUUCACCGCUGUUGCGGCUGGUGUGCGGUCGUACCAUCUGCAAUAGAUUGCUAAGCGAUCGUGUGAUCUAAAUAUUAGCGCGCUCAUUGAAACCCGAUUAAAAUCGAAGUCGCUGCUUUUUCGAAUUGAAGUGCGAUAGACACUUCCAAAGAAUUAGCGAACGCUUGCUGUGUUCGUUUCGGAAAUCUAUUUGAAAUAAAUAAAAAUUUAAAUUUAAUUAGAAUUGAAGAUGAGUGAUACGAAAAAGCUUAAUAACUGUGUUAUUGUAUUUGAUGAAAAUGACUUUGGCACAUAUUUUACAGGACAAACUGUUAGUGGUAAAGUGAUUAUAACGCUGGAGAAGACGAAAAAAUUGAAAGGCAUUAAAUUACAAAUUUGCGGAUUCGCUGCUUGUCAAUGGCGUGAAAGGUAUGGACAAAAGAUAGCUGUAGCGAAAGUUAGUUCAAGGGACAAGCAUAUGUAUUAUGGUCGCGAAGAUUAUAUAGCAUCUACGACAUACUUAGUUGGCUACGAGCAUGGCAAUAAUAUCGUCAUGGAUGCUGGCACUUAUACCUACACAUUCUCUUGCCCCAUACCAGCUAAUUGCCCAUCUUCGUUUGAAGGCACUUACGGACAUAUACGUUACCUCGUCAAAGUGACGUUUAUCAGAAAUGGUGCAGCCGAUCGCAUACAAAAUGUCGGUUUGACAGUGCUCAAGCUUUUAGAUCUGAAUCAAGAGAGUAAAUUGUUACAGAAUCCUGCUACCAAUGAUGCAAUGGAGAACGUUUGUUUCUUUCUCUCCAAACCCAUACAUAUGAAAGUUGAUCUCCAACAAACCGGCUAUGUGCCCGGCCAGUUUGUCUUGAUCAGUGUUGAUGUGGACAAUAAAUCUUCCGCAUAUUGCAAAAAACUAUUAAUAAUGCUGAAUUUACGUGCCACAUACAACUCCGAUAUGCCAGCUUUGCACUCUGCCUCCGAGAAAAUCUGUAUUGUGAAGAAAGUUUGCGGCCAUGUACCGCAACAGACGCGUAAAACCUUCGCUGAAACUAUACGCAUACCGGCAACUGCGCCGACUUGUGAACAUAUCAGCAAAAAUGUACGAGUCUCUUAUGAAUUGUGCGUUGUGGCCGUAAUGAAUACCAUAAUGCGAAAUCCGAAGACUACAAUACCGAUAACUAUUGGCAAUGUGCCAUUAACUACGAGCAAUAUGGUAGAAGAGGAAUGGUUGGAGGAGAGAGAACUAGAUAAUGUGCAGCCGACAACUUCACGUGCUGUUACAAGGGAAAACAGUUUGGAAAAUGAAAUCGAUGCGGUUGGUGGUUUGGGGGAGGAUGACAUUAGCGAAGAGGAGAUAGAACUGCCUCCACCAUCCUAUGAACAAGCGAUGUUUAUGAGCACAAACAUCGCAGACACUGAUGCCAAUACGGUCAGUGUGGACGCACCUUUCGCACCACGUUAUCCAGUCUUCAAUAUUGAUGAAAAUUCGCUAGCCUUCAGCAGCAUGGGUUUGAGUCCACCACCGAAUUUGCCGCAAAAGCGACCACGUCGCAGAAGACGACAUCGCCCGGCAGAAAAACAGCAAACAGACUUCGUCAAAGAGCAGCCGCCAACUGAAUCGCCAAUAGAAAUAUGAAAAUAAGAAAAAUCUACUCAAGGAAAUUAAUUAUCAAAAGAAAGCAAGGAACAAGAAGUGCAAUACUUUACAUAUUCAAUUUAUAUGUCUAAAUGCAAUUGUAAUUAAUAGAAAAGUGAUCUGAUCUGUAUACAUAUAUACUUAUGGAGAUGGAAGGUUACGUUAUGAAUAAAAACUGUUCAUUAUGAGACAGAAA